GGCCUCAACCACGUGACACACAGGAGCAGUCAGAACUCAGUAUCCGUGAUUGCGUGCGUGCGUGUCGCGGACAGUUCGGCCGCGGUCGAACCAAGCAGAGCCGAACCUCCCCACCCCCUGUCUCCGGUAACCGAUUCCAGACGGGAACCGCAUGAUGGAGCUCUCGGCGAUGGGCGACCGCGUCUUCGCCGCGGAAGCCAUACUGAAGCGCCGCGUCCGCAAGGGGAGACUUGAAUAUUUGGUGAAAUGGAAGGGAUGGGCAAUGAAGGACAGCACCUGGGAGCCAGAAGAGAAUAUUCUGGAUGACAGGCUCAUACUAGGCUUUGAGCAAAAGGAAAGAGAGCGCGAACGUAAUGGCCCCAAAAAGCGAGGGCCGAAACCCAGAAACCUGGUAAUAAAGCCUCAGAAAGGUGAAACAAGCUCUCAAUGCACCAAAUCUCGCCAAGCGAAAUCGCGCUCCGCUUCCAGCCGAGUGACUCCUUCCUCCUCUUCCGUGCCUCACACUUUGGCCCCCACGUCCCCGAAGCUCAGCUCCCUGGCCGCAACCCACAAGCUAAAGAAAGACAUUCACCGCUGCCACCGCAUGUCCCGCCGCCCCCUGCCCCGUUCGGACCCCAUGGCGUCCUCUUUCCCCGGGUCCGGCGGCUUCCCGUCCCGCCCUCACGCCUCGCCUUUCUCCGAGACCGUGCGCAUCCUCAACCGCCGCGUGAAGCCCCGCGAGGUCAAGCGCGGGCGUAUCAUCCUCAACCUGAAGGUAAUCGACAAGCCAGGUCGCAGCGGCUCGGGGAGUGGCGGCUCUCGCAGUCUCCCGGGGGGCCGGCAGAAUAUCCCAUCCCGCAAUCGCAUUAUCGGGAAGAAGGGAGAAGCUCCCUAUAGACCUUUCCAGCCCCCGCUGAAGAUGCUCGGCUUCCCAAUGUACGGGAAGCCUUUUGGGUUGCAGUGCGGGGGACCCCUAGCCUUUCAACCUCAAACAGGGUCCUGCAACGGCAGAAACACCCGUCCUACCCCAUCCGAUUUGCCCGCUUCCGCACCCCCUUCCCAAUCUGUCCCACAAUCCAAAACUCCUGCAGAAUCUCCAAAUAUCGCCCCGUCUGCUCCCACCAACCCUGCUGCGUCGCCCACUCUACCGACCGGGGAGGACGCCGGCGACGCCCCAGGUGCCUCCCUGCCCCAAGGUGGCGGUGGCCCGCCGGAACAAGCGAGGGUGCCCGCCGAGGGCGACCCAGACUGGCACCCGCAAAUGGGACCCAGCUGCAAGGACGUGGUGGUCACCGACGUCACCACCAACCUGGUCACCGUCACCAUCAAGGAGUUCCCCUCCCCCGCUUCAGGCCCUGCCUCUCCCGUCUCGGCGGAGGGUGCCGCGUCCCCACUGUCAUGCGCCGCUGACACCACAGACACCACCCCGCCCAAGCCAUAACAGGUCAUUUGCUACCACCAUUGAAUAGUUGUUGCCGCUGCAUCAUUGAAAAAGAUAAGAAUGCUCACCUUUUCGAGAUCUUAAUUUCACAGUCAAAAUAAUUGGCACAAAGCCCUUUGACGAGAAGGCUAAAACCGUGAGUCGUUGUCUCUCGACCUAAAAUGCUCUUAAGUUUGUUAUAGUUACAUAAACCUCCCAAAUCAACUAUAAUCCAAUUUUAAACUCUUCAUGCCCUUUAAAUUCCUAAAACAUUUCCUGACAAAUGAUUAGAGUUUGAAAAAAUAAUGAAUGCACUGAAGUUGCAUUUGUACAUGCGCUCAAGACAGGCUACAAUCGUGCUUUGUUGCCAUAUUGUAGAAUCUUUUAAGACGGUGAUUCUCAACUAGUGGGUCUGGAUCCAAAAUUGGGGCGUAGAUAGUUAAAAAAAAUCCACAUUUUUGGAUUCAGGGUUCUUUUUCUCUUCAGAACUGUACUGAGGCGGAUACAAUAUUGGGUAAGGACCCGAAAAUAUUAUUCACUAGUCACAAGCUACUGCGUAAAAAAAAAGUGCAGCUCAGCCUUUGGAUAAUGGAUAUCAUAGAUUGCAAUUACGGAUAUUCAAUACCAUCAUUUUCCAGACUGAUACCGGCAUUGUGUCAAACCGCCGCAGUAUGCCGCCAACUGCUUGCUUCUGUUGCGCUUGGAGCUGCAGAGCUGUUCCGAAUAUUUUAAUACAAAUUAUAUGAGAAAUACAGUAUAUUACAAGCGGUGAGCAGCGCAGCAGGAUCACCACAGUGAUACGGCUAUUGCUAAAUUCAUACCUCUAUGAAUGUGCCGCUUAAAACAAGAGUCCAUUUGAAAGAAAUGGCGUGGCCUCAAGGUUAGAAUGCAACCAAAUUCCGCCCAUCCAUUGAGUCGUCAAAUGUAUUUGAAAGUGUUUCACUUGAAUUUGAUGGCAGCUACUACGUGCUACCUGCCACUUGACUAUACUUUGUUCACUUGGAUAGCUGCGUUGCGUUCAUGCGCACUUGGACAAACGCUCAUUUGUGAACAGUGUGAAAGAAGUCGCCUGCAAAGGAGCCUUUUAACCGCCCCGCCCUCACAAACAACCCCGCCCAUGCCGACUUUUCUUCAAAUGCACGUCCGUUUCGACGUGUUUUUUGCACUGAACACACUGCAGUACGAUGAAGUGAAUAAUGAAUGAAAUGCACUUGACUGCGUCCAUAGACUCAUGUACUGUAGUUCGUCAAUGCCUUUCACUUUGAACGCAGAAUACAGUAUACACAAAAAGUAAAAGCCAGUAUUUAUAUGCACACGUAGUAAGCCGCAUUGGUAGACUUUGUAACUUAUGGUGAUCCUUGCCCCCCCCACCCCUUCCCGCUUGCCUUGACGUUACCAUGAGUCCUUUAUGGUAACUACGCCGUGUGUCAUGGUCCUGAAGAUUUAUGACCAUAAUCAGAAAACGUGUGUGCCGUGAUUGGCCGGCACCCGAGCAUUUUCAGUCAACAGCAUGUGGCAAAAUGGCCGCCCCCGGUGAUGGAUUAAAAACUUGUGGAUUUUGCUGCAUAUUUCAUAUUCCACAAACGCAAUAUCGAUCACAAUGCUGCGUUUGAACCAGCGGGGCCGCAUAGAACAUAUUGUAAAGAAAAUAGUUAACUUGACUUCCCCUUUAAUGACAAUUUGUCCGGUUUGUAUGCCGAGGCCAGACCUCUUCAGACCUUGACACGCUGUUGUACUCGUCAUGUCGUACAGUAUUAGCAAGUUUCCCCAAAAUAGUUGCCUUACAGCUGCUCUGUUCAUCCCAAGCCGCAAUCCGGGCGACAACCGUUUUAACCUCGCCUCGGCUCCGAAGAAGCAAACACUUCUGUUAGCCUGCCACAACUUAAGCAUGAAUAUGAAGACGCAAGCUUGUAAAAAGAAAAUGACGUCUCCUCUUGUUCUUCUGUAUACUGGAUGGUUCUCCUUGUUGUCAGUACUCAUAGUGUCACUCGGAGCGGCUACUUCCAAAAAUGGACCACAUGAAGAGUCACUUCUUUUAAAGUUGAAUGACUUUUUUUUUUUUUGGAAUGGGCUCUUCUGAGGAUCGUGUAUGUCCGCUAUGUUUAAGUUGUGGGUAGAAGUCGUGUCGAAGUGUACCAAGGUGUUGGGCUACUUGCCGUUGUCAUAAGGGGUAGCAUAACUCGAUUUAGUGGCCUAUCUUUCUACCAAAUAGGAUUUUUUUUAAGGUGCGUUUCCCUUUGUAAUUUUUUAAAUGGCGUACAUAUAUAAUUUUCCAGUGCUUUAUUUCGCACUGCUUUUUUGAAAGGAAGGAUCCUUGUUGAUGAAUUGAACCAUGUGCUUUUAAAUUGUAUUCUAUGUACUAUAGUACAUUUUCGAAUUAUGUUUAAUGUGAUGCAUUAAAUAUUUUGCAUUGUUAGAUCCAGAAGGCUGUCUUUGUUAGCUCGUUUAUGAGUUCUGUACACGGGUGACAUUGUAAUGUACGUAUCUCUCUGAAGCAUGUUUUCAAUUGUACAAAUGAUAUAUAUUCACUUGGCGUGUUACCUGUUUACUGCCGUCGCUUUCUGUGUGUUUUUCCUUUUACGAGGCUUUAAAUUAAAAAGCUGUCCCGAA